UGCCAGUUUGGGGCCUGCGGCUCCGGUUCCCUCCCCGCCCCCUGCUCCCAUCCCUCCUCCUGACCCUUUCACUCUUGGCUCUGUCGGUGGCCUGUCCAGGACCCAGCAGUGUCCUCUGUCCACUGCCCUGGGCCGCUCCCCACCCCGCCCCCACGGCGAGCCCCUAACUCAGGGCUCAGGACCCAGGGCCCGGCCGCGACCCUCCUCUGGACCAGGACCCCCGACCCUGAGCCCACCACCUCCCUGUGCGCUGCAGACAGGAUGGGGGCCAGAUCCGCGCCCGGCCUGCCGCUGGCACUGCUGCUGCUGCUGGUGCUUGGGCCGCCCAGGCUGGGGGUGCAGGGGGAAGAAGGGCUGGAGUUCCCCGAGUAUGACGGUGUGGACCGUGUGGUCAACGUCAACGCAAAGAACUACAAGAACGUGUUCAAGAAGUACGAGGUGCUGGCGCUGCUGUACCACGAGCCCCCCGAGGAUGACAAGGCCUCGCAGAGACAGUUCGAGAUGGAAGAGCUGAUCCUGGAGUUAGCGGCCCAAGUCCUCGAAGACAAGGGCGUUGGCUUCGGGCUGGUGGACUCUGAGAAGGACGCAGCUGUGGCCAAGAAACUGGGGCUCACGGAGGAGGACAGCAUCUACGUGUUCAAGGGGGAUGAAGUCAUUGAGUACGACGGCGAGUUCUCUGCUGACACCCUGGUGGAGUUCCUGCUCGACGUCCUGGAGGACCCCGUGGAAUUGAUCGAAGGCGAACGAGAGCUGCAGGCAUUCGAGAACAUCGAGGACGAGAUCAAACUCAUUGGCUACUUCAAGAACAAGGAUUCAGAGCAUUACAAGGCCUUCGAGGACGCGGCGGAGGAGUUUCACCCCUACAUCCCCUUCUUCGCCACUUUCGACAGCAAGGUGGCGAAGAAGUUGACGCUGAAGCUGAAUGAGAUCGACUUCUACGAGGCCUUCAUGGAAGAGCCUGUGACCAUCCCCGACAAGCCCAACAGCGAGGAGGAGAUCGUCAGCUUCGUGGAGAAGCACAGGAGGUCCACCCUGAGGAAGCUGAAGCCCGAGAGCAUGUAUGAGACCUGGGAGGACGACAUGGACGGGAUUCACAUCGUGGCCUUCGCCGAGGAGGCCGAUCCUGACGGCUUCGAGUUCCUGGAGACGCUCAAGGCCGUGGCCCAGGAUAACACGGACAACCCGGACCUCAGCAUCAUCUGGAUUGACCCUGACGACUUCCCCCUGCUGGUGCCAUACUGGGAGAAGACGUUCGACAUCGACCUGUCGGCCCCACAAAUAGGAGUGGUCAACGUCACGGACGCCGACAGCGUGUGGAUGGAGAUGGACGACGAGGAGGACCUGCCUUCCGCCCAGGAGCUGGAGGACUGGCUGGAGGACGUGCUGGAGGGCGAGAUCAACACGGAGGACGACGAUGAGGAGGAGGACGACGACGAUGACGAUGACUAGCGGCUGUGGCCGCCCUCUCCCUGCCCGCCCGCCCGCUGCUCUCCUGUGCUCCCCCCUCCCUGCCCCUCCCUGGGCUCCUCCAGGGACCCUGGGUCACCCUCCAUCUGCAUCGGGCCCACUGACCUGACCCCAACUGUCACCUGACAGGGACAGGACCCCCUGUGCUCCACGUGCCCGCCCAGCCGCCUCACUGACUGUUCCCUGUCCCUCGGUGGCCCCGUCCCAAAACGGAUUCCCCCACCAGUCCGUGUGCUCUCCCUCGUGACCCUCCUCUCCUCCGUUCCCCCCAUCUGCACACACUCUUCCCCACACCCCCAAAUCCUCCGUCCUUCCGGCCAGGAGGGAGGGCGGCUCUCCGUCCCGGGCCACCUCGCGGCAAUCUCUUGUUAACGUAUUUGGGUCAGACAUUGAGAGGCCUCAAUAAAGGAUCUGGGGCAGCAUGA